UGCCCCCUACAACAUUACCUAGCACGACAUCACCUCAUAGUACGGCGAGGGCCUAUGGUGUUACAUUGUCUGGUUCAGUAUGACGUUUUCGUAAUAAGCUUGAGAAGUAGUAUUGUUUAUACACCGACCCGGAGACUUGUAAGUCUGCGACCAGUUGUACGGGAACAAAAUGGACAGCAAUAGACAUGAAUCGGUUGCUUCCCUCACCAAUUACUUCGCGGAAAGCACGAGCAUGCAUGGGGUGUCCAGGUUUGUAGGAAAACGGGGCUUCUUCAGGAGAGCUUUCUGGGUUCUGGCGGUGUUAGCUGGUGCUGGCGUUGCUGUGUACAACAUCUGGACGAUAGUCAUCGUCUACAGCAGGUGGGAGGUAUCGACAGUGGUCAGUCUCAAAUACAACUCCAGACUUCGCUUCCCUGCCAUCACGUUUUGCAACCUUAACCCAGUAAUGAAAUCCAGUAUUGAAGUUAUACAGACUGUAUUUGACAGCUUGAAAACAACUUCGCAAUUCCAGAACGCAAUCGCACCUACACAGGGGAGCCAAUUGUUUGGGAGUGUCAGUUCAGCAGUUUCUAACGGAGACGUCAGGUUGUUUGAGAGUGGCAGUUCAUCUGUCUCCAACGAAGAAUUCAACAGCGGCUUCCUGAAAAGAAUCAAUUUCCAGAGAGUAUUGGCAAGCUUGAAUACGUCGGUGAAAAUCCAAAUCGGCCAUCAAAUCAGCGACAUGCUUUUAGAGUGCUCCUUCCAAGGACUGGUUUGCUCACAUAGGAACUUCACCCACUUCUACAACUACAUGCACGGCAACUGCUACACCUUCAAUCCGACAGACGACGAUUCCACCUACAUCAGCAGAACGGGGCCGCUUUACGGUCUGUCUCUAACGCUAUACGCUGACGAGGGGGAGUAUAUCUCCAACCUCAGCAGCAGCGUUGGUUUCAAGGUGGUCGUCCACAGCCCCAAUACCAUGCCAUUCCCUGAAGACGACGGAUUCGACAUAAGUCCCGGGUUUGCCACCUCAGUCGGAGUCACCAAGGUCGCCGUGGAGCGUGUUUCACACCCCUACGGUAACUGCAAGCUCUAUGCGGAAGGGGCAGAGGAACCUCCCAAUAUAUUCACCACCGAGGUUCCCAACAUCAGCUACAGCGAUAAGACGUGCAAGAGGACGUGUUUGCAGAAGAUGCUGGUGUCGGAGUGCGGCUGCUGUUACAACAUCUACCCAUGCAACUCCGACGCCCUCAACAUCAUCAACUCAAGCAUCCCUCACCCAGUAGGGUUUUGUAACAUUGAAACCAACAAAAACGAGACAUGUGCAUCAGCGGCGUUGAAAAGGCACAAGAAUAACCAGCUGAUUUGUCCGGACACGUGCGAUCCACCUUGCCAAGACGAGUCCCACCAGUUGGAGAUCUCCACAGCCAUGUGGCCAGCAAGCAACUAUCUUUCCAGCCUUCUAGAUGACUUUAUCAACGGUCUCAGGAACAAACAAAGUGUGUCGCCUAUCAACGAGAAUGCAUCUGCAGAUGACAAAGAUACAUUUUUCAGGAGAAACAUGCUGAAACUGAAUGUGUUCUACAAGGAACUAAACUACCAGAAGAUAAGGACAAGGCCGUCAUACGACUGGAAGAGUCUGUUGUCUGAUGUCGGCGGACAGGCAGGGUUGUGGCUGGGCUUCUCCCUCCUCACGCUGGGUGAGGUUCUGGAGCUGAUCGCGGACGUUGUCAUCCAUAUAUGCACAAAGCCUUUCCGGUCAAAGAAGGUAGAGGUGUCCAGCAAAUAGACAGACGAACCACACUUCCCCGUAUGCAAUGUAUGAGAUGUUAUCUGCUGUUGGGCGAUACACCGCUCAUAGCCACAACACUGACGCUGAGAAAUACGUACUUCAGCUUAAACACUGGAUGUAACUGUACAGCAGGCCAGGGAUUUACAUUCUGUUUGGUGUAAUGCUAUUUUGAUCGUGAUGACCGUUGUUGUCAAAGAUUUCAGCACUAAUACUGCUGCAUCAUAACAUAGUAUUUCAGCACUAAUACUGCUGCAUCACAACAUAGUAUUUCAACACUA